UUUGAAGUACGCUGCAAGACAGAACCAACAAGGGAGCUAAAACAAACAAAACCCAAAGCUUUUCAGCUCUCUCUCACCUUUGAAGACUUUAAUCCUCUACAAGCCCUAAUACCUCCCUCUCUCUCUGUCACACCAUGACUAAGCAACAAGCAAGAUUUGAACCCUACGAUUUUAAUGGAGGGACUUGUGUUGCGAUUGCUGGAGCUGAUUACUGUGUUGUCGCUGCUGAUACUCGAAUGUCUACCGGAUACAAUAUUCUCACUCGCGAUUACUCCAAAAUCUGUAAACUAGCAGACAAAUGUUUGAUGGCCUCCUCAGGGUUUCAAGCUGAUGUCAAAGCCCUACAAAAGGUGUUGGGUGCCAAGCACCUGAUCUAUCAACAUCAACACAACAAGCAGAUGAGCUGCCCUGCCAUGGCUCGACUGCUCUCCAACACUCUCUACUACAAACGUUUCUUCCCUUAUUAUACCUUCAAUGUUUUGGUUGGCUUUGACGAGGAAGGAAAGGGCUGUGUUUACACUUACGAUGCUGUUGGUUCCUAUGAGAAGGUUGGGUAUAGUGCCCAAGGUUCCGGUGCUAAACUCAUCAUACCUGUGCUGGAUAACCAAUUGAAGUCCCCCAGCCCACUUUUAUUACCUGCGCAGGAUGCUGUAACUCCACUUACUGAGGCAGAAGCGAUUGAUGUGGUCAAAGAUGUUUUUGCAUCUGCAACUGAGAGGGAUAUAUACACUGGAGACAAACUUGAAAUUGUCAUCGUAAAUGCUGAUGGUAUUCGUCGUGAAUACGCGGAACUCAGAAAAGAUUGAUCCAUUAAAAUCAUGCUGCUGGACUUGCUAGAAGUUGAAGUUGAAGUUGGAAGUACAUCAAACCCUUGUGGUCGUCAUUUACCAUAUGGUUGUUUCGUUGUGAUCUCUCCCAUUGCAAUGUAACUUCUAAUUUAGUCACCAGCUUGAACAAUUGCAUAUCCUAGUUAAUGGAUAUUUUGCAAUGUUGAAAGCUUUCUUGCAUCCCAGACCAAUGCAGCCGAAUUUAAGCCAAGUUUGUUAUUCUCAUCAAUCUGUAUUGGGUAUGGAUUUUAUAAAUUGUACUCGUCGUAUUUGGUCAUUGAUAUUUAAAAUGUGUCUUUGGAGAU